CUCCAUCUAUGGAACACUAGCCAUCAUCUCAGUCCUCCUUCAAAUUAACUCUGUAUCAUCGUUCUGUGUCACUGGCUGUUCCUGCACCGAUGAUGGCUUCGGAAGGUCCCUGCUUUGUAUGGAAACCUCCCUGGGCAGAAUUCCCGACAACAUCCCUCCCGACUUCACCAAAAUCCGCGUAGAGAACUCCCACCUAACCGAGAUCCCCCAGAGGUCCUUCUCUAGCGUCAGUGCCUUGGAGUCUCUGUGGCUGAACUUCAACGACAUCACCCUCAUGAACAUUAAGAGCCUGGAGGGUCUGACCAACCUGACCGAGCUGAGGCUCGAGGGCAACAAGCUACGCUCCGUGCCCUGGACGGCGUUCCAAGACACCCCCAACCUGAAGAUCCUGGACCUGAAGCACAACCGGCUAGACGUGCUGCCGGAGAGCGCCCUGCGGCACCUGUCUGAGUUAACCUACUUAGAUUUAUCUUUCAAUCAGCUUACGGUCGUCUCAAGGGACGUCUUCCUCAACUGGCCCCGCUUCCAGAGGCCAAGGCCGGGGGGCAGAAACGAGGAGAGCUCGGCGGCCAACGUGGUGCUCGCCCUCCACGACAACCCCUGGCUGUGCGACUGCCGCCUGAAGGGGUUUGUGGAGUUCGUCAAGUCGAUCAGUCCGCCGAUCAUCCUCAUGAACUCUUACCUGACUUGCGCCGGGCCUGCUUCCAAGGAGGGCAAGUUCUUCCAUGAGGUGGAGCUGAGAAGCUGCAUGAAGCCCGAGACGUCCACCGCACAGGCCAACGUCACACUGCCCCUAGGGGCCAGCGCCUCACUGCAGUGCCUGGUGAAGGCCAGGCCCGAGCCCGUGGUCCGAUGGAUCUACAACCUCAAGAACAUCCGAGGAUUCACAGUGUCCCAGACACAGGUGGACGAGGACACCAUUAACUCCCAGCUCCUAAUCCCGUCGCUGCACCUGGUCGACCGCGGCGUCUACACCUGCGCCGCCAACAACUUCAUCGGCAACUCCUCCGUCCGAAUCGCCGUCGGCGUCGUGGCGAGCAACGUGUCCGUGGCGGCGGCCUCGGGGGCGCCCCACCCGCUGGCCUCCGCCGAGGAGAACGUCUACAUCGACUUCCGCAUCGCCAAGCAGACGGUGUACGGCAUCACCGUGGAGUGGUUCGCCGUCACCGACAACCCGGCGAACACCUGGUACACCAUCCACUUCGGCCGCUUCGACGCGCCCAAGAAGGAGAUGAUCUACAUCGGCCCGGGCAUCACCAGCUACUCCGUGGACCGCCUGCAGCCGCUCACCAAGUUCGAGGUGUGCCUGGCGCUGCGCAACCAGACGCCGCGCGCGGGCCAGUGCAUCGUCUUCGUGACGGGCAGCGACGUGAACGAGCUGGAGCAGCGCGAGCGCCUCAUCCACAUCAUCGUGAUCGUGUGCGCCAUGGUGCUGGCCGUGCCCGCCGGCAUGUACGCCUGCACCACCGACGCGCGCGUGGGCUGCUGCCAGCGCCUGAGCGAGGUGGUGACGGCCAUCCAGGAGCACCGCAAGCAGGAGGAGCGGAGCAGCGACGCGGCCAGCGGCGAGCGCCAGGGCACCUUCGACAGCCUGCAGGCGGCCAGCGACGAGAACCUGUGCCGGGAGUCCGUCGACGACCACAAGAUGCGACGGCGGUCCGAGGACAAGGUGCCGAAGGGAAGCAGUGCCCAGCUCUACUGA